AUGACACGACCUCGCAAAAGAAAGUCCAGACAACAAUCAACCGCGCGGCCAAACCAUAAGUUACCACCCGAGCUCCUCACCGAGAUAUUUGAGUAUCUUCGUGGAGGCAUAUUAAUCCUAGACGAGCCAGCCCUCGAAUCUGAAGUACCUAAUGCGUUCGACGACCUUUUCUCUCGGGAGAAGUCGGACCUUUUCAGGGUUUCGAUGGUUUGUUCGGUGUGGAGAAAAAUAGCGGUGUCAAGGAUCUGGCAGAAAGUAAAGUUUCAACUUGAUGUAGAGCGUGAGUGGGACGAGUUAUUUAAGUGGCUUAUUGAGGGGGGUUAUGGCAUAUACGUGAGGCAAAUCUAUGUUGAGUACGACUAUGAUCCCAAACGCAAUGAAACCGCCAAUUCUUUGGGAGGGAAGUUGGAAGGAAUUGUGGAAUUUUGCAAAACUGUCCCUAGCAUGCACACCCUUGCAGUAAGGUUCAUCUCCACCACCCUCGAUCAUUACAUCAAUGAAGAUCUUCCUCCAGUGAUGGAUGGUUUCCUCCUUAACAUUGCUCAAUCGUGUGGAUCUGUUCGAUGUGUCAAGAUUCAUACCUCUGGUUUACGAGGGCCGAAGAGGGAAAAAAACAAUGAUACCCUUUACCUACCAUCCGUCAGUAAAGUCAUCUCCAUGAUGACAGAUACCGUCCGAGAGAUUGACUUAAUGAUGCACGUCGUGAAUCAGGAAACGGUUGAGGCUCUUUGCGAUUGUAAAAGGGUCGAACGCGCUUUGGUUCACUGUUGUAGCUGGAGUGAUUCACCCGGAGACUUUUUCGCAUUACUAAAGUCGUGGAAACACCUGAGGAAAUUACAGAUCGAACCUCCGCAUAACACGGAUUCCAGUUGGGAGGACGCCUAUACCAAAUCCCUCCAAUACCUCUCCGAAAAUUAUGGAGAGCAAUUGGAAGAGUUAUGGAUGCCCUUGAGGGAGGAAGAUCAAAAGUUAUUUUGCGACCUCGUUGAACACACUCCGAACCUGAAAGUGCUGGCCUUGGAGGGAAGAGAAUUUUACAAUGACGGACAUUUUUUAAGCGUGGUAGCAAGAACCACUCCAAAUUUGAAUUACAUGCAUCUAUCGGAUUUUCCUUCCAUCAGUGGUGGGGAUGUCAGAGUCGUCAACUGGGAUCAGUUGUUGGACGUCAAUAUAAUGUGUUGUGAGGUGUUAGAAAACAAGUCGAAGUUCUUUGACCACGUGAAAGAUACAUACUGUCCCCAUCUUAAUAUUCACAUAUAUGAUAAGCAUGGAAAGGAAGUGGAGACUAGAUAG